AUGGAAGAGCAUAAAAUUGAGAGAGAAAAAUUGAAGAAGACAAGUUUGAUGAAGUACGUCAGAGAUGUCAACAAACAAGAAAAAACAAAUGGCUCAGUAAGGUCCAGUAGUGCUUCGAUAACCCGGGCAGACUCUGGAAAAUCUCUCUCUCGAAAGAGACCAACGCCUAGAACUGGAAACAAAAACGAUAGUUUUGUAAAAAAGAAUAUGGACAUUCGAGAGGACGCUAUUUUCUUUAAGUUGUCUGAACAGGAGGAGGAAAGAGUUCGUGAUAUUAUUGCUCAAGAUGACUUGCAGGAAGGUGCAAUUCCGUAUGGCCAAGGGUAUGAACCAAGCCAAAUCGAAAUUCAAAAACUUGCAAAUAUUCAUGAAAAAUUGAAAGAAAUCGUUCCUGUGGAGAGGCGAUAUCUCUUUGAAGGAAUGUCCAAUUAUGAAGAUGGUGGAUGGAAGAGUUUAAACAAAACAAUGGCAAGUAUUGUUGAGGAAAACUUUGAGAAGGGUGAUUAUCUUAGAGAAGCACGAAUUGAACGAGAACAUAGAAACAAGAUUAUGGAUGUGGAUGAAAAAAUUGCACAAUUAUACGAAACGAAAGUAGAACCAUUAUCACAUGAUAUCCUUAAUGAAUUAAUUCGACAAGCUAAAAUUGAGAAUGAAAUGUUUGAGAAGAGAAGUCGAGUCUUAUCAGAAUCCCAAGAAGUAGAUGCACAUGACAGCAAUUCAAAAUAA